AUGAAUCGCUACAAGGCAGACUUAGUGAGGCUGAUGUCCUUCAAGGACGGCAUUUCCUACGGAUCCGACCACACGUUCACCACUGAAGCACUUCUGAAGAUCACACCGAGCGACGUCUGCCGAUGGAUGAACAAAAGAGCGUAUGGAGACUUCGAUCCCACUGACGACAUGAAACCAGUGCGGCGCUGGCGAACACGCAAGGCAGUCGUGGAUGUCUACAUUGACAAUACACAACCAUACCCGGACGCAUGCGCGGCAGCAGUGCUAUCUGGCCCUGCUGGACCUUGUUUCUACAAACUAAAGCAAGAAAUUCAAUGCGUUGAACCAAACCUGCUUCUCAAUGAUGUGGCUCCUACUGUGAAGGUGAUGAUGGGCGAAUCAAUCGCAAAAACACUAGCGCUGCCGUUACUAUGGGCUGCGCUGGAGUCUACCGAUAACAUUUGCGACCUCCUUCCUAGUGCGUUGCAACAGCGGAUUAUUGAAGCAUACAAAAAGACUGGUGGGAAUUCUGAACUAAAUCCUGUUGACAGAGAGGCGCUUUACGUGCUUGGAGAUGGUUCUAAAUUAAAUCUCGUAGUGAUAAACGAAGGUGAAGUCGUAGAGAUGAAUGAAACCAGAUCUUCGCUGACUGCAACAGUCUCGGGCGGUGGAGGAGAAGGAGCUCGGCGCGAAUUUGCAGCGCUCCACUCACAGCUACUGACAUCACGGCGAUACAUGACCGAGCUGAUGAACGAGGUGCUACACUCAAGACGAGAGUCACAGCGCGAAAUGGAAAAGGUGGUGGCUAUCCUACGGCGAGUAGCUGCAUGCCCCAUUCCACGUGUUCAGACCGGCAAUUCUUCAUACCACACGCAAGGUGAUGGAGAUCUCGACGGGGCAGAGUAUAGACCUACUUUAACGGCCCGGCUCUCCAAGCGACCCAAGGACCUUUACGAACUUUGGUACGAACAUCAAUUCGGUCUUGCUGGCUUGAAGGCAGCAAAUGCUUUCACACCGACUGAACGCGGUGCGAACAAAUUUGCCUAUUCACGGAGAAAACACUUCUGGAGGGUUGUGACGAAUCUCGUUCAAGCAGGUUACACUAGUGGCACUGCAAUUGACAGAGUGUGUACUACGUAUGGUAGAUCUUUAUCAGUGUCUAACAUUAUAGCGGGCCUGCGUGAAGAUCCCAAACGAGGAGGACAUCCAAACCUACGCGUCUAG